AUGUCUGGACAAGAGGCUCAAGCCCCAGGGGGCCAGGGACUGCCCCGAGAUAUGCUGGCGGAACAGGUGGAGCUUUGGUGGUCCCAGCAGCCGCGGCGCUCAGCGCUCUGCUUCACCGUGGCCGUAGGCCUUGUGGCGGGCUGUGGGGCGGGUGGUGUGGCACUGCUGUCCUCCACCAGCAGCCGCUCGGGCGAGUGGCGCCUCGCAGUGGGCACUGUGCUCUGCCUGCUGGCCCUGCUGGUGCUGGCAAAGCAGCUGAUGAGCUCGGCUGUGCAGGACAUGAACUGCAUACGCCAGGCCCACCAUGUGGCCCUCCUGCGCAGCGGAGGAGGGGCCGAUGCCCUCAUGGUGCUGCUCAGCGGCCUCGUGCUACUGGUCACUGGCCUGACCCUGGCCGGGCUGGCCACCGCCCCUGUCCCUGCCCAGCCACUGGCUGCCAUGCUGUCUGUGGGCAUCGCACUGGCUGCCUCGGGCUCGCUCUUGCUGCUGGGCUUGCUGCUAUAUCAGGUGGGUGUGAGUGGACACUGCCCCCCCAUCCUUGCAGCCACCCCCUCUACUCCCAGUGGCACAAGUGGCAGCAGCGGCAUCUUCAGCAUCUCAGGACAGUUGUCUGCUGGGCGGCGGCAUGAGACCACAUCCAGCAUUGCCAGCCUCAUCUGA